AUGAACUACAGUCAGGCACUGAAGAACGACCGACCUCAUGAAUUCUUGUUUCAGCUUCUUUACGAUGGAGCAAGACACGGGACGAAUGGCGGUGCAGCUGGUGGAGCUGGUGCUGGAGCCGCUUCUGGUGCUGGUUUAUUGGGGUUCAUGGUUGGUUUAAGAACCCGUGUUUAUGCACACUUUCUUAAAAGGCUCCAUGAGCACUGUAGACACAUGCACGGAUAUCAUGAGGGUGGAUCUAGUCAAGGAAGUGGCUUUUUCCAGUGUUCUAAACGUAAUGGCCGUGGUGGAGGUGGAAGAAGAGGAUUUGGCCAUGGUCAUGGAUAUGGCCGGGGUUCUCGAGGCGGAAGAUCACAUUAUCGUCAUGAUUGUAGCGGUUUUGGAUAUGGCAAUGACCGUAUUUCACCAAGAUUCACAUUCGAUUAUAAUCGCAUGAAUAUCAGAAAGAUGGCUGCUAUGAAGAGACUGAAAUUUAAUGCAUUUGCAGCUAAAUUCUUCUUCACGGGUCUAGCCCGCUCUUAUUCUUCAUAUGCUAAUAUGAUGGGUAAUCCAUAUUCGUUUUUCUAUACACGAAAUGCCCAUCCAUUUAGCACCACACCAGCAUCUUGGAUGCAACGCUCAUACUGGAACUCUGCAGUAGGACGAGCAGUCAAGUACAUUUCAAUCGCGCCCAAAGUGGGUUUGUAUGAACUGUACAGAGCUCAUCGGGAUCAAUAUAAUGUCCAUGAGACAAGCCAGUCAUCGUGGGUCAGCAGAUUCAGACAGAGCGAGAGGUCUCUGUUAUUAUCAGGAGUAUCAUCAAGUCAUAUGGGUAGUGGUGCUCGUGCUGCCAGGUCUGUUAGAUACGAAAAUCCAAGUUCGAUGAUGAAACAGAUGUGGUUUCAACAAACACGAGGCACUAUCAGCAGCAGCAAUUCAUACACAACGCAUUUAAACCGGAUAUCACCGUUUGAAGCAGUCGAGGAGACAAACCGUAUUAUUGGCGGUGGAAUUAAUAAAUACUACUCCACCAACAGAGACGAGUUCAUGAACACUGGUUACGAAGACCUGGUUGAGACAGGACCUUCGAUUCUGAAACCAUUCGAGUCCGAACUACACCCCCCACAAACUCAAUCUGCCACACAAUAUCAACAACGUCGACAAUCGCGAGUUGAGCUUUUUAGCGAGGAGAUUUCCUCGUCGGUCGUUCUUGUAGGAGUACCAACUGCGACACCAGCAGUUGAAGUAACACCGUUCAACACCGACGACCUGAUACCAGAUAAUCUAUCGCCACGGUCGUCAGUUGUAGAACGUAUGGAGAGACCACACUCACCUGACGAGUCUAUCUCACCACCUACCGAGUCGUCGUUUGUAGAUUUUGAUGUCACACCCAGGUUCUCUCUACCAUUAUCAGGGGUAGAUCUCACUGACGAUGCACUUCUAACAAUCGAGCGUGAUAUGGAACUUCAUUUACAAGAAAUCCGCAGCAUAAUUGUCGACAUUCGACGGAUUGCGAACCUCGGAGAACUGCCGAUAUCCAUUGAGCGAAACGGCAAUGUCAUUCGAGUGCAUUUUCCCAAUGCCGAUUCCGCACGAGUCGAGCAGCUGCUGAAUGACCUGGAAGUGUCCAGAGGUAUCAUCAUGGACACAGUCGGACCGACCCAUCUUCUAAUAACGCCGGAGAAUAGUCUCGCCUCCUCAGCCAGCAGCGAGUCUGGCAGGUCGUUAUCGACACGAAACACGUUCUCCUCUUCAUCCUCUGGUUCACCAGCUCUAUCACCACAAACAACUGUGUCGUCGUCGGCACAAACACCCGUUUCCAUGCCCGCCCUCACUGCACUGGACCCCUCGCCGGCUGCUGGCCUCUCGGAUGAGGAGUUCACCUGGAGCUACGUGGGCGGUUCCUCCAACGGCGACAUCCCGACCCCGGGACUCACCGAGUCCUGUGGCUCCACAGCCUCUUCCGAAGAGAGCUCCAGCCUGCUCAUGUCCAUGAGAGUCUAA